AUUAUUUAGAUAUAAAGUCAUUGAGGAUUUUGAUCUAAUUUUUCCAGUUAUCGAGGAUAUUUUAGAUUUGUUGUCUAAGAUAAACAGAUACCAUUUUAGAGAUGUCAUUGAGGUUACAACUUGUUGUGGAUCUGGUCAUUUGGCCAAAUAUUUUAAUACGUCACCUACCGAAGAGGAGAUGAGCCGAUUUGGAUUAUUGGUUCAAAAACUUGAAUUGUAUGAAAUGGUGUUGAAGCCGGGCAAAUUUCCUGAAGAAGUUGAUGGCAGUAUUUGUGAUGAAGUGUUCAAGGGAGAUAGGGUGCACUCGGAGCUAAUUAUGGUGGAGAAGCUUUCAGAAACCAAUGAAUAUACGCAUCCAGAUGCACUUUACAGUCAUUGAAUUUUCAUUCUCCGGCUAUAUUUAUCAUGCGCCUUCAUCUUCCAUCUCCAUUCCAUUACCUCGGUUUGCAAACUGUGCACUCUCGUCUAUUGAGAAGAAACCAUCGUGCCGUGUUUUAACUCAGCUAUCAGGUGCAACGGAGAAGAAGAAAAUCCCCAGCACCAACGUUUUUCCUGAGACGGAAGAUCAAAUUCAACGACGCAAACUCCUCGAGGUAAAUGCCGAGCAGCUUACUCGUCCAGCCUUUGAUCUGGGUGCUGCGUUUAUUCAUCCAAACAAGGAGGUCAUGCAUAUAUUGAGUGAUCUCGUUGAGAAAAAUAGGAACUCACCAACAUACCGUUGUCAUUUGUGGAAACUAUUGACAUCUGCUCGGCUGAGGGAGCUUGGAGUAGGUUACAAUGUAAUACCUAUACCAGAUAAGCAGGAGUGGAAAGCUUCUUGGCGUGAAGAAAGAAAACCAAAAUGGUUGUGAACUAUUCCUACUCAUGCUGAUGGUAGGUUGCAUUACACUGCAAGUAUUGCUGGGUAUGUAGAAAAGGAUGGAGGAAAAGGGGGAUAUGGAGUUAUCCUUUUCGACUAUUAUGGUAGGCCAAAAAUUGCAUCUAUUGGUGUCUCUCUAAAAGGUAAUCUUCCACUUAUUUAUUAUGAAUUUCAAGGUGUCAGAAGUGCUCUACAACUUGCUUUGGAUCAUGGUUUUGGG